AUGGCUUGGGGCAGUCAACCUUCAGGAGGAGCCAGCAUGGAGAACUACCAGAAGAUCGAAAAGAUUGGUGAAGGUACCUAUGGUGUCGUCUACAAAGCCCGCGAGCUGAAUCAUCCCAAUCGGAUCGUGGCCUUGAAAAAAAUUCGCCUCGAAGCCGAAGAUGAGGGUGUUCCCAGCACUGCAAUCCGCGAGAUCUCCAUUCUCAAGGAGAUGCAGGACCCCAACAUCGUCGAAUUGUUGAACAUCGUUCAUGCGGAUGGACACAAGCUCUACCUUGUCUGCGAAUUCCUUGACCUGGAUUUGAAAAAGUACAUGGAGGCGCUUCCAGUGAGCGAGGGCGGUCGCGGCAAGGCCCUUCCUGAAGGUUCCAUGAUGAGUGCCAACUUGGGCUUGGGCGAGGCCAUGGUGAAGAAAUUCAUGGCUCAAUUAGUGGAGGGUAUUCGCUAUUGCCACAGUCAUCGCAUCCUGCAUCGUGACCUGAAGCCCCAGAAUUUGUUGAUCGACCGACAUGGUAAUCUGAAAUUGGCCGAUUUCGGUCUGGCUCGGGCUUUCGGUGUGCCUCUUCGCACCUACACUCACGAGGUCGUGACACUCUGGUAUCGAUCUCCCGAGAUUCUGUUGGGAGGACGCCAGUACUCUACUGGAGUUGACAUGUGGUCGGUAGGUGCCAUUUUCGCGGAAAUGUGCACCCGCAAGCCGCUUUUCCCUGGUGAUUCUGAAAUCGAUGAGAUAUUCAAGAUUUUCCGUAUCCUUGGCACCCCCGACGAAGUCGAAUGGCCGGGUGUCACUUCCUUCCCCGAUUACAAGCCCACAUUUCCUAAGUGGAAGCGUCCCGAUACCCCCAUCGUUCCUGGGCUGGAAGAAAACGGGGAGGCUCUGUUGGAAGCGCUCCUCGAAUACGAUCCGGCCCACCGUUUGUCUGCCAAGCAGGCUUGCAUGCAUCCCUACUUCAAGAACGGUAGCUCAUACUACUCCGGUCGCACCGUGUCCACCACGCGCAAUGGCUUCUCAUGA